AUGGCUUCUUCCUCCUCUCACAAUGGAAUCAAGAACGAACUGUACAAGGAGCUAUGGAUGGCUUGUGCAGGCCCUUUGGUUGAUAUCCCUGUCCAGGGAGAGAGAGUUUUUUACUUUCCGCAAGGCCACAUAGAACAACUGGAGCUAGAGGAUUCAAUGAGUGAUGAACUCAUGAAUCAACAAAUCUCAAAACUCGACCUACCAUACAAGAUGCUUUGUCGUGUCAUCAAUUUUGAUUUGAAGGUUGAACCAGAAACUGAUGAAGUCUAUGCCAUCAUCAGGUUACAUCCAUUUCAAGAAGUGGUACAUGACACCGCUCGCUACGGCCAUCCACCAUUAGAGGAGCCAAAGCUGUCUUUUCGCUCGUUUUGUAAGAUCCUAACUACCUCUGAUACCGGCAGUGCAUUCUCAGUGCCUAAAAAGCUUGCGGAAAAUUGUUUGCCUCCACUGGACAUGUCACAACCACAACCAAAACAAGAGUUGAUUUUAAAGGACCUCCAUGGACGCACAUGGCAUUUUACGCAUGUUUAUAGAGGAAAUCCUCGAAGGCAGGUUAUCACUGCUGGCUGGACCACAUUUGUAGCUUCAAAGAGACUAGUCGCGGGAGAUGCUUUAAUUUUUGUGAGGGCAUGGCCGUUCGUCGUACGGCUACAUAAGUAUGUUGUAGCCAACGCGAUUAAUUUCGCAGGCUCGAAUAUUAUGAUGAAACUCGCGUCGGAAGAAGAUUCCCACAUCGAAAUCAGGCAUACCGGAGUAGCUUUAGAAGAAACCGAUAUCUCUGAAGAAUGGCCAGGUUCUACUUGGCGAUCAAUAAAGGUUCGAUGGAAGAAAGUUGUUGAUCAAAGGUCUACUAUUCGGUUGCCAGAGAGGGUGUCUCGCUGGCUUCUAGAACUUGCCGAAGAUGGUAGAUCCAAUGUUAGAGAAUUGGAAGCAGGAUCGUCGUGGUCAAGGCACAAGAGGUUGCGAAUAUAUGAGCAUGGUCCAAUGAGUCAUGGUGGUAAUGCCAAUUGGGGCGAGUCAGUGCAUGCCAUCCCUUGGUCAUCAACUGGCUUAGUAGAUGAAGGAAAAGAAUGCGAGAAUCCACAAGUGUUAAGAUUGUUUGGCGUAGAUAUACAGCUCGUCCCAUAUUCUAGUGGUCAUGUAAUGGUGCAAGCGCAAGGGAACGAUUUGGUUCAAACGGUGGACUUGAGUUUGCUGGAAGGAUAUGAAGAGCUCAAAAAGGAGUUGGAGAAGAUUUUCAAGAUCAAAGGCGAGCUUCAUGGCCACCAGAAAUGGGAAGUUGUAUAUGAAGAUGGUGAUGGUGAUUUAUUGGUUUUGGCCGACAAACCAUGGAAGUAA